AUGGCGGCUGUUGAAGGUGUUGCUCAUAUCCCAGGUUUUUCUUUUGAAAAUUGCAGAAGAAAUCAAUUCUUAUUAGCUCAGGGAUUAUCCUGUCCCAAAGCUACCAAAACUGGUACCACAAUUGUCGGUGUAAUUUUUAAAGAUGGAGUUAUACUAGGCGCCGAUACUAGGGCUACUGAAGGUUCCAUUGUAUCCGAUAAGAAUUGUUCAAAAAUUCAUUACAUUGCCGACAAUAUGUAUUGCUGUGGAGCGGGUACUGCUGCCGAUACCGAAAUGACGACCCAAAUGAUUGCAUCUCAACUAAAAUUGCAACAGUUAAACACAGGAAGAGAAGUUCCAGUUGUUACAGCUAAUAGAAUUCUUAAACAAUUAUUGUUUCGCUAUCAAGGACACAUUGGAGCAGCUUUGGUUUUAGGAGGAGUUGAUUCAACAGGUCCUCACAUUUUUUGUAUUCACCCACAUGGUUCCACAGCCAAGCUUCCUUAUGCAACUAUGGGCUCAGGAUCACUAGCUGCUAUGGCUGUUUUUGAAGCUAAAUGGAAACCUGAUUUAGAAGAAGAAGAAGCCAAACAGCUUGUUUCUGAAGCCAUUCAAGCUGGUAUUUUUAACGAUUUAGGAUCUGGUGGAAAUGUUGAUAUGUGUGUGAUUAAAAAGGGCUCUGUAAAAUACAUAAGACCUUAUCUGGAAGCAAACAAAAAGGGUAGCAGGCAAAGUUCAUAUAGAUUUCCUGCUGGAACUACAGCUGUGCUUAAUAGUCGUGUAAUUCCAUUACUCGUGACUGAUGAGUCUGUGACAUAUCAUGGCCUUGAAUCAAUGGAUGUUUCAUCCUGA